AUGGUCGUUCGCACCAUCCACGAUCUGAACGCCCGACAACUCAUCGUGCGGCCGACUCUGCCUAGCCCCUCUACGGACACGGAGCGCUUUUCUCUCGCAGAUGCUGGUCAUCUGAAGCUAAAGCUCCAAGCUCUCGAUCGCGCCAUAUCGAGCAUACGGCCAGAUAGUCCUAGCGAAGAUGAUACUACCAAUAUUGACGAUGCCUGCAAAACAAACCCAUCUGGAGGAUCCGUCUACGUCGCUGGCUCGGAGAGUUUCUACCUCGUAGUAAAAGGCCUCACGGGGCCGCGCGCCACUGCCGAUGCUUAUGCUGAAGCAUACAAGAACGUGCUACAAGGCAGGCCGUAUGCUAACAAAUACAAGCUAUCCGGGUGGGAGGGGCCAACACCCACAUUCUCAGAGAUACGUCCUCUACUACGAGAUAUUGACAUUGCCUGCGAAACCAACCUCGAAAGCGCCUUUGCCAUACUUGAGGAAAGAGCCAAACCCUUUCCCUUCCUCCGACUUCCCGCUGAGCUCCGCCUCCACACAUACUCGUUCCUUCUUCCCCCCGGGCCUCGCAUCCUCCUUGACCCUUCACGUCAACACGUCACGCGUCCACGCCUCAACAUCAUGCGAACCAACAGGCAGUUACACAAUGAAGUGAGGAAGCUCUUCUACGGGAGCCGAAGAAUGUUCAUUCAAGUGGAACCCGGCCUUAUGGACAAAGAAAGCGCAAUAAAAUAUGGCCACGGCCUCAAGUGUUUACACAUGUCAACUACAAUAAACCCGACUAUCCUGCAGCUUCUGAAAGAGCUGGAAUUUCAGUUCCGUAAAGAUCCAUCCGGCGGGUGUUACCCCUCAGAAUCAUGGAUGAACCCCAUGGGCCGCAUAUACUACAUGCUCAAGCUUGAGCGUAUCAGUAUCACCUUCACGGAGAGUGAAUUCUACCGCUUAACUGCAGCGGGGUCUACGGAUCCUAAAGCUUUGGAAGUACAGCGGAUUCAAUACGAGAAGUUGGAGCGCUUUGGCAGAUGGUUUAUAAACCAGAUUCCGCUGUCUGUGAACGUAUCGUGGUCACGCGAAGACGCGGCAAUUUUCUUUAACAGCACUGCUGUGGAGCAGCGAAAGUGGAUAGCUGCGCGGCUCAUGGCAAUGGAAACAACCUCACCACCAGGCCACGACGAGGCUAUGGGCAGCGCUCUUCCAUAUGCUGAUAGUCGUCUAGGAAGACUACCCACAGAGCUUCUUCAGUCCGUCAUCGAUCAUUCCUCGCACUUCCGUCUUCCCAGCAUCGCAUGCAUAAGCCCUGAGCUGCGCGCGCUCGUCGAACGACAGCUAUAUCGCGAUGUGGUCCUAGGCUGGGGCUUCGCGGGAGAUCUAUGGCCAUUCUACCGGACAAUCCAGUCGCGGCCGGAUCUGUCCAGGAAGACCGAAUAUCUCGUCAUCAAAGUUGUUGAUCGCAUGAUGAGUAUCGAGGUUCCCACGCUUGGUGUUGUACCACAGGGCGCGAUGUUCCCCUCUACCAUCCGAGCAGAAAUAGAAGAAACUCGCAUCGCUUGCGCUCUUAUCUUCUGGCAAAUGACCGAGCUCGAAUUCCUCAGCUUGUCGAUUGUACAUGCCGACGAGGACGACGAUGGCAGGCCCAGGCUAGUUCCCAAGUGCUUGAGCAAACUCAUCUCCCAUUUCGAUACUCGCACAGCACAUCUCACGACAUUCCCUGGACUACAAAAGCUACAAAGCCUCAAAUUCGAAGGCACUGAGUUCCACUGGGUACUCGCCAAGUCCCCAAGUCUGGAGGAGAUUGUUCUCACUCGUGCCAGCCACAUCCUGGCCGACGGAGACUCGUCUGCGAUCAAUACUGCUGUCAAAUCUCUCACAUUCCCGGUACAGUCUGCCGUUCUCAAUCCAGCUUGUAGCCACUACGACGCCUUGUCUCCCUUCCUCGCACACUUCCCUCGCUUGGAAACUCUGCGUAUGCCUUUCAACGAUGCCGACGAAGGAGUAACCGGACCACAUUCAAAGUUCAAUCUCGAUCGCGACGAUCAGGGUAGCUAUACUGUCUUAUUCCAGAAGCUCAUGUCAGUGGCGCCUGUCUUAACAAGGCUGGAACUAGACGCAUCUACUCACUGCAGUGAGGAGGACACCAGCUUUCUAGACCACGUAUUACCCGGAGAUGGCUUCCUUAUUUUCAAGGCGCUCAGGCAUCUUUUGGUACCUUAUCAGUGCCUCUUCGGACGAGGCGAGCCGCAAUGGGCACAUAUCCAGCAACCGGCAGAUGAGAUGCUGCCACCAACUCUUGAGACCUUGAAGGUCCAUUUUCCAGAGCUUGCAUUCCUUGACUGGCUUACCACCUUGUCUUACUAUCGGAAACAGCUUCCUGUGCUGGAGCAUGUUGGUAUCGCGUGUUCAAGCUGGGUUGGAGGCUCAUAUGUUGACUUUGCGUUUACUUCGUAUCCGCACCCCGCGCUGGGCGUGCUUUCCUCGAUGGACAUUGAGUGGGGUAUCGAUGUUCCACAGUGUUGCUGGAGGCAGGCAUGGGACGACUAUGAUCUCCGGACUUGGGAUGCAGUUGCGUGGAUGGAUAGGACUUUUGGUCCUUCGUAUCGUGGUACGGUGUUCAACCCCACUCCUGGUGACGACUCAGAGCUAGACUCACCGCCAGUCGUUCUCAAAGAGCAAGCAGAUAGUGGAAGUGCAGUUGAAGUCAAUCCUGAUGCUCAAUACACCGCCGCCGAACUAGCUAUCCUGUGGGAAGCAAGCACUACCGUGCUCUACGAAUGA